CGUAUAUUCAUGGUCCGUAUUUCCAUAUACCCCCAUGAAACGAUAAAACGAUUGUUUAGUAUACUGUAACCUAUAAGUCUGCAUCUAUAACUAUCCGUUUCCGGUUUGCAAAACUAUUUUUUUUUAGUGAUCAGCAUCUUCAAGUGUUCAAGGUUGCCAAAAUCAUGUAAGGAUACAUGGAAAAGCAAUGGCCGAACCAGGGCCACCUGUUACAAUCAACGAACUUAUAAACUUGACCAAUGUGGGAAUACCAGCUGAUCAGGUGACGUGGUGUAGGGUGACCUUGACCUCUGACCGAUGGAUUGCAGUGAGGCAUGGCAAGAAAAAAGAGGAGGCUGACAAGUCUACUGUGACAGUAUUCAGUCUGAAAGAUGGCUCAAUAUCCUAUGCAGGCCAAACAAGUGCCGAUUCCGUCAUUAUGAAUCCACAGGAGCCCAUUAUUGCCUUGAAAUGUGGGUGUACAUGCAUGUCUGAGCAACGGUUUGAAAUUUUCAACGUGGAGUCAAAGCUUCUGCUCACGAAAACCAAAAUUGAUGAGCCUGUGACUUACUGGACGUGGCUCAGUUCAGAGAUCAUCGCUAUCAUCACAGACACCACAGUCUAUCACUGGCAUCUUUUUAAAACAAAAGACAGUCAACCAGAAAAGAUUUUCAGUCGCCACAGUCGCCUGGCCUUCAGUGAAAUUAUCAGCUAUAAAGCAGACGCCAGCUUGAGAUGGUUUGCAAUCACUGGACUCACACCGGAGGAGGACAAAAUAUCUGGUCUCACCCAGCUGUACAACGCAGAUGAGGACAUCACUCAGUGCAUAACCUGUCAUGCGGUCUGCUUUGACACCUACAAGUUUGCCGGUAACAACCAGCCCUCCACAGUUUUCUGUGUUGGGUCCAGGGAUAUACAUAAUCAUGGGAAGAUCCAUGUGAUAGAGCUGGGUCCGUACAAGCAAGGCAACUUUGCGCCACGGAACACCUACGAUCACAUUCACUUUGAAGAGGACAUGGAGCACUAUGACUUCCCUGUGGCCCUGCAUGUGUCGAUUGAAUAUGGCUUGCUCUUUUUGUUGACCAAAUACGGCUACCUCUACCUGUGUGAUAUGGAAACAUCGACCUGUGUUUGCUCCACGAAGGUCUCCAAAGAUAUCAUCUUUACGUCCGCUCUCAACUCUGACACCCACGGCAUUAUAGGGGUCACCAGGAAUGGACAGGUGCUAACAGUAGAUAUCAAGAAGGAGACAUUGAUUAACUAUGUGCGGGACACAGCCAAGAAGGGGAACCAGGCAGACCGACUUGAAAGGGCUAUAAUCACCAUCAAUGAGCCAGGAGGCAGCAGGGAAAUGCCUUAGAGUGCUUACAAAGUUGUUGACCUUUACACACCAGGUUUUAUAUAUGGAUUUGUUUGAAGACUUUGCAGACUGCAGGGGACUAAACAGUGAUUUUAAAUGAUAAAGCUUUUAUUCUUCAUUUAACAACUGUGGAGGCCUUACAUUUGCUUCAGAGGGGGCAUUUAAUAGUAUUUAAAAAUUGCAUUCUUUAACAUUUUGCACUCAAAGAAAAACAAUAAUUUGACUGUGGUGUUAUUUAUAAUUUAAUAUUUUCAGUCAGGGGGAAGGUGCAAUUGUUAGGGUGUUUUUUUUAAGGGAAUUUAAUUUGGAUAUAUGCUGGUAGAUUGAGUCGAUAUUGUUAUAUUUUUAUUUUCAAUUACAAAAAAAGUUGGAAAAAACCUUCAAUAUCAAAAGUUUAACAUCAAGAAUGUUAUGGCAAAAUUCAUUGGGUUUUUUGCAGUUUAUGUCUUUUGAAGGAUUACUCCAACAAGAUAUAAGCAGUGUAAGAAGAUGUCUUUCAUAUUUAUGCAUGUAUUUAUAACUACGUAGGCAUGUACUAUUUUCUUGUAAUCCUUAGAGGAAUUUACCUGUUUUGUAGAAUGUAUUUUUCUAUGUAACACAUUGUAUUAAGACCUAUAACUUUUUAUGUAUACUGUGAAACCAUUUAUUUUCGUCGGCACAAAAUUUCGCCCUUUUCAUAAAAAUGACUAUUUCGUCCGCUCUUAAAUUCGUCCAUUUCUGGUUUUGAAAAAACAAAACAAAAACGUCCGAUUUGUUUGUAAUACAUGUAAUACGCGGUUGCGAAAACAUUGUGCUGGGGAAAGAGAGAUGCAGCACUUGGUAGUCACUUGCAGGAGGUGGGCCUUGUUUGGCAUAUGCCAAUUAGCAAGUCUGUUAUUUUAGGUGAUAGUAACUGUCCCUUAUCAUUUUAUGUCAUUGACACGUUCUUUGUUAUGCUUAGCGGAUAAGUUGGACUGAAUAAUCGUUAACAAGUGUUUUAAACAACGAAGCCAAUUGCCAAUUAGUCUUUUUCCAUUACUAUCACGGUCAAACUGAUUACAAUCUUACCUUUAUCGGCGCCAAUUAGAGAAGGUGCGAACAUUAUGGGUUAUAAUUAGCGUUAGCAAAUUAUUUUGGUCAAAUUUCAUUAAAGUUUCAAGGGUUUUGCAUCGUAAAUAUUUGAAACCAAGCAACCAAACACAAAUCAAAAUGUUCUUUAUUAAUUUGUAACAAAUCGCAUAAUAUAUUUCACACAUCGUCAUAUUUUAAUUGCGUUUAAUAGUAUUGUCUUUAAUCCGGAUUCGCCGCGUGUAGGCUGUAUAAUCUGCAUCACCCCUGAAAAACACAAUACACACAAUGGGUAAUAAAGUUGUUAACAAUUAGCGCUAAUCAACACUAUUAUACCUAAACGAAGUCGACGCAUUCAUUACAGCCUUAUUGCAUUCGCGUUUUACAGGAAAUGUCAGUUGUCAGUACACUGUACACUGUAUAAUGAACACCCCUUUGUGUCAAAACCGGAUUUAACUUGAGUGUGAAUAGUCGACUGUUUCAUGUUCUUUGUAUCAAUACCAUCUGUGUAUCUGUAUUAUAAGUAUACCAGUCAACAAACAAGUUGCGCGCUUCGGCAUAUGGGUAUUCGGACGUUCAAAAAAUUGACCUACGGUUUAGCGUUCACGCCGUCGAACGCAUUAAAGCAAUAUAACUCGGUUUUUUUUCACUAUUUCUUUAUAUGUAAAAAAUACUAGUGGCUUAUAACUUACCUUGCAAUCUUUUUUUCUCGCAUUUUGCGAGUGUGCGAGUGUUAAUUUCGAGCCGUGUGUAUAUGCGUGGAUUACGCUGGAUUUAAAUGCCUCAUGCCUACGGUAAUUCAGUCUUAUUUGUUUCAAAUAUGGGACAUGAUUGUUCGUUAGGAUCUUGAAUUCGUCCAUCGGUCGAAGGACAAAAAACGCAAAAAAUAAUGUCGGAAGAAUAAUAAUGGUUUCACAGUAUUUGUUUGCCAGAAUGUUGUAAAAUUCUGUUGAUUACUAUAAAUGUCCCUUAUAAUAAUUCAGUUUUAACCAGAGCUUCAAAUACGAGGGGUAUUAUGUAAAUAUCCAUAAACAAUGCAAAUAUUGAGAUACUACAACCCUUUAGAAAAGUAUGUAGUGGGCACUGGUAAGAUUGAAUCAUUCCAAAAGGUUAUUUUGAGAGAGAAAAAAAUCUGAAAACAACUUUUUAAUGUAUUUAUAUAAACUCUAAUAAUUGUUCAUGAUGAUAACAUCAACUUUUAUAUGCUUCGCACUUUUCAUCAGCGGAUAAAAAUAAAUUUAAAAGCCCACUUUAAGAUUUAGUUCAGAAAUACCCUUUGCAGAUUUCCAUCAGUUUUUAAGCUGAUGCAUGGUCUUGGAAAAAUUACCAUUUGACAAAAAGUUUAAGUGUAAACAAACCGUUAGUACAUGUAUAAUACCUUAUUUGAUGUUCGGAUUUUAACUUGUAUGCACAAAAAGUUACGUGUCCAUUAUUGGCACAAUAUUUUUUUUAUAAGUUACCUUUUAGUUGCCUUUUUAUUGUCAAAAAGAUUUGUUAUGGCUAAGAUAUUGAUUAUAAGUGUCUUGUAUGUGAAGUAUUAGUUUGAGAAUGAAGUUAAUUUUAAACCAGGUACAUACAAUUCUGACUUAUAGUUGCAAUAUCACACUUAAAUUAAGACGAUUUAUAGUAAAAGUUUAUUUUGAAAGUUGAUUAAAAUUAUAAAACCAGUUAUAAUAUAUGAAAGCAACCUAUCUUUCAAAUAACAGUUCAUUUAACGCAAUACUUUAAGUUCUAGUCAAUCAUAUUCAAAUUCCUUAUUUCAGUGUGUUACAUGUUGGCCAUUUUUUGCAUUUCGUUUCAUUUGCCAAACACAGUUAACAGUAUUGAGAGUUUACCUUAAACUGACGGCAAGGUAAACGUAUUUUGUAAUCGUUUGUUAGUAUUAUUAUUUUAUAUAAAAAAAUGGACAGUAUUUUGACAUAAUGUUUCAUUUUUGAAAAGAGGAACAUUUAAAUAAAAGGCAUAUUUGGGUAUAUUAAACAUUGCCGCCUAUUCCUCAUUAUUUGAUUCCUAUUAGGAAUUGUAAAGAUAAAAGACCUAUAUAUUGCUAUUUUAUAUCAUUUGGCAGGUACAGAUCAUUUUCACAAGGGAAGUAAUCUUUUUUAAAGGGAUGUAAUAAAAAUAUAAAAAAAGCGGUGCAGUAGGGGACAUUGUGUUUCUGACAAACACAUCCUUUGUGAUUUUUAAAAUCUACAUAAUCAAAUUAUUCCCAUUGUGGGAAAUCCAGUCCAUUUAUGUUGUGAAAAAAAAUCUCUUCUUUUGCAAAUGUUGACUAGAAAAGUGAUGUUUUUGUUUGUCCAUACAAUAUCUCUGAAUCUUUCGUAAAUGUAAUAAUGUUAAUAUGAGCUAAACUCCUCUUGGAUUGUUUCUUUAGUGAUUGAACCCCCUCCCUUUUUAUGCCCCCGGAUCAAAUGAGCGGGGGUAUAUUGGUUUUGGCCUCUCUGUCUGUCUGUCUGUCUGUCAUUGUAUGUGUGUGUCUGUCCCAAAACUUUAACCUUGCUCAUAAAACGAAAUCUCUUGGGUCUAUGUUCUUUAAACUUCUUAUGUGCAUGCAUCUCAUUGAGAUCUACAAUCAAACAUGGUUUGGGGUCACUAGGUCAUAUGUCUAGGUCACUAGGUCAUAUGUCUAGGUCACUGUGACCUUUACAUUCAAAAUACAACUUUGUUUCUAAAAAAGCUGCAGUGCGGCUUCAAAGCGCAGUAGGGGGCAUUGUGUUUCACAAACACAGCUCUUGUUGUUGUUGAAAAUGUUUAGGUCCUUGAGGUGUCUAGCUUGUGUUUUCCGGAUUUUUUUAGCAUAUUACAUUGCAUACCUGUGACAGAUGUUUACAUGCAUUUCAUGUGUAUACACUAUACUGUUGAAAAAUAUUAUUUAAUUACAUACAUAAAAUGCCAUCAGAGUGACUAGCUAUAACUGAUCUGCGACUCGUGCUUUCUUUUAUAAUAAAAUAAUUGAAUUAUUUGCAUUAAAUGUUCAACUAAUAGUUAGCACACAUUCAUAUUUGGCAUUUUUGUUUAAAAAAAAGUAAGAGAUUAUUAAAUUCAUGUUUUCAUGAAGUUUUGCGAGAAAGGAAAAUCUGUAUAACAUAAGUUGCAGCACAGACAGUGUUAAGCAUUACUAAUUUGAUGCAGGUGAAAGAAACAAAACACCAACUCAAUCGUCUAUUGUUCAAUGUAUGUAUACUUUUUGGGAUUAAAUUUACCAAUUUGAUAUUAUAAUAUAUUUCAAAGAUACUUUGGUCUGAUUGUUAUGGAAUACAGUUUCUUUUUUCAAACUGUUUACAUAUUUUAUAUUCAGUACAGUUUGCUCUACAUUUUAAAAUAUAUUUGUUUUGUUAUGUUUUAUACAUGUAUAGUUUUGUAGUGUUAAAUCGUUUAUUAAAUUUUACCCAUUUUGUUUAUAUUCAUUGAAAAACGUGUUCAUGGUCUCAUAUUUAUUGUUUGUGUUUUGUGUGUUCUUUUAAAUGACACAAUAUAGAUCUAGAAUUAUGAUGAUAAUAUGAAGCAUUUACUCUAGCGCGUUAUACUAACAUUUUAUAUACAUUUAUGUUCUGUGUACAUGCAUAUUACAUGUAUACCCUGACACCCUGGUGGAGAUGAGGUCAUGUUUUUAGCUCACCUUGUGCUCAUGGUGAGCUUUUGUGAUCGCCUUUUGUCCGUAGUCCGUUGUGCGUCAUCCGUCGUCCACAUUUGCAUGGAACACUCCAGAGGCGACAUUUAUUGUCCGAUCUUCAUGAAAGUUGGUCAGAACAUUUGUCCCAUUGAUACCUCGACUGAGUUCAAAACUGGGUCAUGCUGGGUCAAAAACUAGGUCACUAGGUUAAAAAAAAGAAAAACCUUGUGAACACUGUAGAAGUCAUAUUUGAUGCCCAAUCUUCAUGUAACUUUGUCAAAAUGUUUGUCUAAAUAAUAUUUUGGUUGAGUUCAAAAAUGGCCGCCAGGGGCCGGGGCAGUUUUCUCUAUAUGUAGAUAGUGAAAACAUGUGAACACUCUAGAAGUCACUUUUUUGGUCCAAUCUUCAUGAUAUUUGGUCAGAACAUGUGUUUUCUGGAUAUGUCGGUUAAGUUCGAAAAAAGCAUGGCCACCAGGGGGGGGGGGUCAUUUUCCUUAUAUUUAUAUAGUAAAAAAAGCUUGUGAACACUCUAGAAGUCACAUGUUUUGCCUAAUCAUCAUAAAAAAAAUUCUAAACAUCGAUUUUAUAGAUAUCUCGGACGAGUUCGAAAAUUGUCAUGAUUGGUGGAAAAACAUGGCCACCAGGGGGGGUGGCAGUUUUCUCUAUAUGUAUAUAGUGAAAACAUGUCUAGUUGUGAUAAGCCAUAAUGUUAAAGAAAGAUAGCCUGUACAUACUUUCUGUACAUACUUUCUAAUUGUUAACUCCCUUGUUUAACCUGCUGACUCAUUUAGUUCACCUCUGGAAUUUGUUAAACCCCUUGGUUUCAAAACACUUAAAGGGUAAAUACUUCAAAUUGCAUAUUUUUGUAGUAUAAUGACAUUUUUGGCUAUUUUGUUAUUUCUUGUGUAAAUCUGUACUUAUUGUUUUGUCACAUUUGUUAUCAGUUUGUAGCAAAUUAAUCUAUAAUGGGACCUAUUACUGAUAAGCCAUCUUUGAGAAAACCCCUUCAGAGUUCCACAGAGUUAUAGGACAAAGGCAGCAUUUUCACGAAACACCUUAUCAUGAAGGGAGAAAUCCAUAAUUAAUUGCUUGGCAAUACAACUCUGGGGAGCAGAGUAAUUUGAUAUCUGCGUGUGACCAGACUGUGUGUUAUGAUUAUAACUGAUAAAGAAGAUGAAAUGUGCUGUUCAGUGUUUUAAUUUUCUGACAUCAUUAUAUUAUUCAUUUGCAAAUAAUCUGAUGAGAAUGAAACAAAUUACAUGUUAAAGGAUAAUCUACUUGCACAAAAUGUUGAAUUAUUCACUAUAUAUUCUUAAGAAAGAAAUAGGGUCAUAAUUCUUUUUAUUAGCCGGAUUUUUUUCGAAAAAAUCUCGGCUUAUAGAUUGAUGUUG